AUGUGGAAAUCAACUGUAAUCUUGCUGUUUUGCUGGGCUUUUCUUGCCUACGUUUCGACUAUCCCAGUCAGCGAAUUUGACAGUAAAAUCGCUGAUGAAAUUCGCCCGGAAAUCUCCAAUAAUCUACAACACUCGGAACAUUAUCGAGUAAGAAGAUUCACGUGCGACGUACUCAGCGUUGAAGCGAAAGGGGUGAAAUUGAAUCAUGCAGCAUGCGGGGUGCAUUGUCUCCUUAGGGGAAAAACGGGAGGAUGGUGUGAUGGUCGUCGCGUUUGUCGCUGCAGAUAA